GCCAUCUUUUUCUUUUAGCAAAAGGGCGGAGUUUGAGUUUUGCGUGGGCGUACAAUUACGAGCCCAGCCCAUCAUGUCUUUUAAAAUAGAAGUAGUUGUUGAGACUCGUUCAGAGCUAGGAGAAUCCCCUCACUACGAUCCUCAAAGUAAUGAAGUGAUUUGGGUUGACUGUGAUGGAAAGAGCAUCAACUUCUUUGAUGUUGAGUCAAAAAGAAACAGAAAACUCCAGUUAGAGAAAAAAGUGGCUAUUGCCAUACCUUGCAAGAGUGGUAACUCUGUGCUUGCUCUCAUGGAAAAAAAUAUAUGCCUUGUUAACAGAGAUACAGGUGAAGUGACAGUGUUGUGUAGUGUUGAAGAAGAGAGACCAUUAAAUAGGUUUAACGAUGGAAAAUGUGAUAGCAAGGGAAGGCUGUGGUAUGGAACUCUAUAUCCUGCUCCUCUCUCUGAUAUCUUUAAUAACAAGACUCCACCUUCUUAUGGAGCUUUUUAUUCAUUUGAUGGAGUUACAAUUAAGCAACAUUUAAGUAAAGUUGAGUUAUCUAACGGUCUAGACUGGAGCAUUGAUGAUAAAUGUCUUUAUCAUAUAAAUUCCAUGCCAAAGAAAAUAUAUUCAUAUGACUACGAAGCUGACUCAGGAACGAUUUCUAAUCAAAGGGAAAUCAUUGAUUUUAGCACCGACUCAUCUUUAGGCUAUCCAGACGGGAUGUGCAGGGACAGUGAGGGUAAGCUGUGGGUUGCUGGUGUUUGUGGAUCAAACAUAUCACGCUGGGAUCCAGAAACUGGUGAAAGACUGCUAAAAAUUGAUAUGCCAGUUGUCCAUCCAACUGCCUGUUGUUUUGGAGGGAGUGAUUACAGCACCUUGUACGUCACUUCGGGAACUUUUGGGUCAAGUGACGAAGAGAUAAAGAAGUUUCCACUCUCUGGUUCUCUUUUUGCUAUAACUGGCCUUGGGGUGACCGGACUACCAGCUAAUUCUUUUGAUGAUACUAAAUGUGCAGCUAAAUCGUCUUUGUAAUAAUGAGAACUAGGACAUGGACAAUAAAAAGUACUAAAACUUUACGUGCACAAAAUAAUAAUAAAUCAAAUUAAUAAUGAUAAAUUUUCAAUUUUAGCAAUAAU